UAAAGUGGCUGGUGUCUCUGUCUGGUGUAUAGAUAGUUGCUCCAAUACACGUCUAUGCGUUGGCUAUAUAGUACAGUCAUCGCAUAUAAGUCUGACCAGUCUUGUAACUCGCACAUAGUCCGUAGGCUUAUGGACGUUCGUGAGCGAGAGCUAAACAUUUUAAGCAAUAAUUAGUGUACACCUAGUUUGUGAGUGUAUAGUGCAUAUCCCUUCAAUGCAUCGUUACUUCUUCAGGCAUAUAUUCCGCUACCCAAAACGUGGGUAAUCAACGAACGAGGUAUUCUCGUUCAAACUGUCUGCAAUUGAGUUUCCAUUACACCUGUAUUAUGUGUGUAUAGUUCUAUGUCAAUAAUAGGACUGUAAAACGUUUGUUCUGCUGAAUGUUAUUUGAGGCAUCUUGUAUGCAUGAGUGCAUAAAUUUAUUGCUGAAUACUUAUUCACCUUAACCUCUAAAAUUGCCCAAAUUUGUUGAACUGUGCCGAGCAUAUCAUUCCAAAAGUGAGGUUAUACCAUACAGUUUCACAAAGCUUUAUAAUGCCUAAUAAGAAAUCGAACAAAUCUUUUUGGAGUGUUGGACGUGGAGGAGGAAGAUCUAAUAAAUCUCAUGAUGAAAAACGUUAUUCAGGAGAACAUGACGAUAGAAUGGGUCACUCCGUAGAAGGAUCCAAGUUUCUUCACAGCAAACCUAGAGUUUCAUUUAAAAAACAAAACUUCAAACCAGAUAAAUUUAGGAAUAAUUUUCUCAAAAAUAUUGAUGAGGAUGUUUUGAUGUCUGGUUCUAAUAACAAUGGGCGUCAACUUCAUAGAGGACGAGGCAAACAUUUUCCCAGAGGGAGAAAUAGUCCAUUACCUAGAAAUGAUCGUAGAAAUGGCAGAGUUCCAAAUACACAUGAAUCAACAGGCUGGUCAAGAAUUGAUAUUCCAUACGGAGAAAAUUACACAAAAGAUUUUGUGAUCAACAGUUUACACAGAUUUGUUGCUCCUUUAAUAUUUAAUCCACUAAUGUACAAAGCAGAAGGAAAAGAUGCACACUUUUAUGUGGAUGAUGGUAAUGUUGCUAAGAAAUUAAAAGAUUGCAAUGAAUACUUUGAAAGAAAUGGGCAUAAAAUGCAAGUUCGUGUCAAAACUGGAGUUGAGCCACCGGUAGUGCAGCUUAGUAAUGAGCUUGAAGAAAAAAUAAAACUGGUAUUGAAUAAACGAUUUAUUGCAAGCACAAUGGCCUUGGAUCUGUCAAAAUUUCAUCUAGACUCAGACUUAGUGCAAGAUUAUUUUUGUCCUCUUAAUAGACCUAUCAUGUUGGAACAUGUGAUGAGUGUUGUUGCAGAGUUUAAGCCAGAUUUACAAGCACUUAAUCUGGAUUCAAAUAAAUUAAACAAUCCAUCACAAAAAGGAUUUGGUUCAAUAUUAAACAAGUUUAAAAACUUGAAGAUUUUAUAUCUAGGUGAUAACAAGUUCAGGGAUAUACAUUUUUUGAAUAAUUUAAAAGAAUUACCUUUGGAAGAAUUACGACUUGAGGGAAAUCCAUUAUGCAACAAAUAUAAUAUUAAAGAAGAAUAUGAGAGUGAAGUUAGAAAAAUUUUUCCAAAGUUACUAAAAUUGGAUGGAGCACAGUUACCACCUCCGAUACUUUUUGAUGUAGAUGAUCAAAAACUUAAAUAUCCACCAACUAAUCAAGUUUUUGUAGUUAAUGAACAGGCUAAAGAAAUUGCUAAACAAUUCUUAGAGCUAUAUUUCAAAGUUUUUGACAGUGGAAAUCGUAGUCCAUUACUCGAUGCGUAUCAUGAAAAUGCUUUAUAUAGUAUGACUUCAAAUAUAUCCCAAGGUCCAAAUUACAAACAAUACAUUACUGAAAGUCGAAGUUUAAACAGAGUAUCAGAUUUAACUAAAAGAAGAAAAUUACUGAAAACAGGAAAAAUUUCUGUACUUUCCUCUAUUUGUGAAUUGCCACCUACAGAGCAUGAUUUAAACAGUUUCACGAUGGACGUGAAUUUUGUAACAGAAGCAAUGAUGAUUAUUACUGUUACUGGAUUAUAUAAAGAAUUAAUAGGAAAAAUUAGCAAAGAUAUUAUAAGAUUUUUUAAUCGUACAUGGAUCAUUGUCCCUCAAGGAACUGGAUUCUGCAUAGCUAAUGAAGAAUUACACAUAACUUAUGCAUCCGCACAACAAGAAAAAAAAUUUAUGAGCCAACCUGCAGCUGUUCAAUCACCUUCAUUAGCAGGUCCAUCUUCAACAGUUUCAGUUGAAAAUCAGGUUCCUUUAAGUGAAGAAGCAAAACAACAUAUGACAGUUGAACUUAGUGCGCAAACAAAUAUGAAUAUUGAAUGGAGUUUCAAGUGCUUACAAGAAGUAAACUGGAGUUUUCAAGCUGCUGUUGCAGCCUUUCAUGAGGCUUCAAGACAAGGCAAAAUACCUCAAGAAGCUUUUAAUAAAUAAGUUUUUGUGUAAUUUGAUAAUGUUUUUAUUACGAAAAAUUUCACGAACCUGUACAAUAACUAAUCAUUGCUGAAAUCAUUAGCUUCUUCAGAAUGUUUUAAUUUAAUAAUGAAUUUUUGAAAUAAUUGAUAAUUGAUGAUAGAUAUUAGUUGUUCAGAGAUUAUGUUCAUUAUAGCUAUUCUAAAGGAGAGAAAAAUAUCAUGGCUAUUUAACUUAUUUUUCGGAAACAAUAUUUCUGAAUUCAACUAAAUAAAAUGAUGAAUUAAAAAAAAAAUUAUUUAAAAAUUAUUUUUUAUAGAUUUAAAUAGCCAAAAUUUUUUAAUUUUGAACAGAUAAUAACAU